AUGGCUGAUUCAGAUUUUCACGGACCGAAUCCUCAUUUGGUUUCCCUUCUUCACGGUAAACUUGGCUCACUAGUUGGCAAGUCCUCCGGCUACAUUGAAAGUUUACCGGAGGACGUGAAACGUCGUAUAAAUGGCUUGAAAUAUCAUCAAUCAGAACACGCGAAAUUAGAAGCAAAAUUCCAAGAGGAAAUCUUAGCCUUGGAAAAGAAAUACCUGGAAUUAUAUAAACCCUUAUACGAAAAACGAGCACAGAUUGUACGUGGAAACGUUGAGCCGACGGACCAAGAGGUCCAGGCUGGUGCAGCUAUCGACGAGGAAGAAUCACAUUCUGAGGAAGCGGCUACUGGGGCUUCUCUCACAAACGAAAAGGAAAAGAUUACAGAAAUUAUGAACGGGCCACAGAAAGGCAUUCCGGAAUUUUGGCUCACAUCAAUGAAAAAUCUCUUUUCAACGGAUAUUAUCACGAAACGAGAUGAUGAUGCACUAAAAUAUCUGGUUGAUAUUCGAAUGUCGUAUCUUGAGAAACCCGGAUUCCGUCUUGAAUUCGAAUUUGACGAGAAUCCUUAUUUCACAAAUAAAGUCCUAGUGAAAACAUACUUUUAUCAAGAAGAACCCGGAUAUGGUGGUGAUUUCGUAUAUGAUCAUGCUGAGGGUACUGAAAUUGGUUGGAAAGAAGGCAAAGAUCUCCUAGUUACGGUGGAAACGAAAAAGCAAAAACAUAAAGGAACCCAUAAAACACGAAUUAUAAAGACGUCGGUACCAGCGGAAACAUUCUUUAGAUUCUUUUAUCCUCCAACAGUUCCGGAAAACGACGACGAGGAUGAUGACGACAAUGAUAAUCUGGAUGAACGUCUUGAACACGAUUAUCAAAUCGGCGAAGAUAUAAAAGAAAAACUUAUUCCUCGUGCUAUUGAUUGGUAUACUGGUAAAGCAUUAAGAUAUGAGGAGAUUGAGGAAAUCGGUCCUCUUGGGUGCAUCGAGGCGAUGAAACUUUCGGGGUACUUUUUGGUCAUCUGUACAUUAUACACUUAG